UGUUGUGGUGUUUUUUUCAGAGAAUUUGGGAGACGACUUGAGGACAGCGUUGACCAUCCUGCAGCCAGCAUGCCUCCUCCUCCUCCUCAGAGCCUCCAGUCCAGCGGGUUGACUCUCUCUGAAACAAGCAUGGGUUCCUUUAAGAGGAGGAAGAGGAAAUCCAUAAUUGUGACGGUGAUGCUGCUCAUUGUAUCUGUGCUCAUCCUCAUCUUCGGCCUGGCAGCAACAACCAGGACGCAGAACAUCACAGUGGGCGGCUACUACUCAGGACUCAUUCUGGGCUUUGGCUCUUUUCUGGGAAUUAUCGGAGCUCAUUUGAUAGAGAACAAGAGACAGAUGUUAGUGGCAUCUAUUGUUUUCAUCAGCUUCGGAGUGGUGGCUGCCUUCUGCUGCGCUAUUGUCGAUGGAGUAUUUGCAGCAAGGCACAUUGACCUCAGGCCUCUGUACGCUGGCCGCUGUGAGUAUCACUCCAGUGACACUGCAUCGGACCGUGAUGUGCCCUGUCAGACAUCGUCGCGUACGUCCUGCUACCUGCGUGUGAAGAGCAACACGUGUUACUGCUGCGACCUUUACAACUGCGGAAAAGAACAUCCUCUUAUGGGACUUCAGAAUAAAGAUGUUUUGAAAAAGUUUAGGAAAUCAUCCAUGAUUUGGAAGCCUAGCCGUGUAGAGGUGAUUGGAGGUUACCAUGAAUACACAGACGUGAGGAGCUGCCAGGAUGUGGUGCACCUUUACCACCUGUUAUGGUCGGCUACCAUCCUCAACAUCGUGGCCCUCUUCCUGGGCAUCAUUACUGCUGCAGUACUGGGAGGCUUCAAGGACAUGACACCCUCUACUGCCUCAGAGAGCACAUCUGAACCUGAGGCCAUCACAGCUCCAGUCCAGUCAGAGCCCCCUCCACCCACCACUUCUCUCAACUCCUACUACAACGCUGCCCCCUGCCUGCCGCCUUACACUGCCUACGACCUGCAGGGCUCCUACAUGUUCCCGGACUCCUCGGGUCUGUCAGACGACUCCCAGUCUGGAGCCAGUCACCUGUGGCCCACUAUGAUCCCUCCUCGCUACUCCCCUCCUCACAACCACCCCGACGAGAAGCCCCCACCGUACAGCCCGUAAGGCGGCUACGAGAGGAAAACACCUGAACCGUCAUCAGGUGUUGUUAGAAGCUGAACGAGUGGUUUGAUUGCACGACUCCUCUGGGAUUUUCUUCACUAUUGUUCUGAACUGUGUCAAAGAAAAGGAGGUGAGGAGGAGGAGGAGGAAGAGGAGGAUGGCCAUGGAGCACACUGACUUUGAGUUUAGCCCAACACGAGGAAGCAAGUGUUUGUCUCCCUGGACACCACUCACACUCCAGCCUGCACUGUGUGUGUGUGUGUGUGUGUGAGCACAUACACAACAAGAGAGAGACAACCUGCUCCAAGCCAGGUCUGUUUACACAUCUAUCUGCCUUAAUGUGAACGGACUUCCAGCGCUGCAGCUCGCUGUCAGCUGGACUUACUCUGUACAAAAACUCAGCUCUCUUCAGUAGAACCUGUAAAUGCUUCUCGCCUCAAGUGUUACAGAAGCUACUUCCUCGCUGCGAGGACUAAUUAGCACAGCUAUCACCCCUGUGUGAGAUUAAUGCUGAGGUAGGUGAAAGCUUUGGUCUUUCCAAAAUCAGCUAGAAAAAUCACAAAACGCUAGAGAUUGUAGGCCCAAGCAGUCAUUUCUUUAGCCGUUAAUAGUGUCAUAGUACAAUAUUCAAGGCGAAGUUUGCAGUAGCGGAGGUCUUACAUGCCCAUAAUGUAUGUACAGCAGUAUGAUAUACAGUUAGCACAGGUAGGCCUAAGGUAUACAAACAGAUCAUGAUAUCUACUUAUCAACUCUGCACUUUAUGUUCAAGAAUAUCCUGAUCAGUGUGGUGAACUUUGCAGAGCAGUGUUAAUGAAGAAAUAAGCUAUUCUACCUACAGUAGUUAUUGAGGAUACAGUUUAAAUUACACUCUGAGCCCUAUUUAUUGUAUUUCCACUAAAAGCUCCAGCACAGGUAAGCAUAUGUGUCUCUCUCUCUUUGUAAGUAGUAAUAUCACAUCUAAUAGCUGAAUGUGUUGUGUUUGUCGGGGGUGAACAUUAUGAAGGCCGAGUGUGGACAGUCAGUGCUGGAUUCACUGAUAUGAGGCAGCAGAUCAUGAAAAGUCAAAGAGUUUGUGUUCACCGAUGAAGAGAAGGAAAUUGCGGCAGAAUUGUAAACUGCUUUGAUGUCCGUGAAGACAGUCGCUGUCAGCUUGAAUCACUGCUUUUUAUAAUUUAAACAACACAUUCUCAGGAGCUGACUGUCAGUUCCUCAUUUGUCUUGCCAUUAAAACUUGUUUUGUGUAAUUUA